AUGAGUGAGAUGCCUCUAACAAUUCCAACAGUGUCAUCAUCUUCAAAUCUCCUCGUCAAGAAAACCAUUGAAUUAGCAAGAGGCAAACAAUAUCUUGUUCGGAAUGGACUUCGUCAUGCAAUUCCCUAUUUUCUCGACUUUCAAACAGGAUGUCGAGAUAGAUGGGUUGAUAAGAAGGUACUUGAUGUCUAUAGAGCGGAAUUUCCCUACUUUUCCGAACAAUAUCUGAUGAAAGCCUUCGAAUUAGGUCGAUUUAAAAUUAAUAACGAAAAUUUAAAUAAUUUAGAGGAAAAGUGGGAUAAAAGCAAGACAAUUGCUCAUCGAGUACAUUUUCAUGAGAAACCAAUAUUUGAUAGGAAUAUUCCAAUUUUAUAUGAUGAGUCAGAUUUAUUAGUUGUCGAUAAACCAGCUAGUUUUCCUAUUCAUCCCUGUGGAAGAUAUCGAAAGAAUUCAUUGACUUAUAUUUUGGAGGAGAAUGGAUAUGGAACACUUCAUGUUGUUCAUCGAUUGGAUCAUAGUACAUCGGGAGUUCUUGUUUUGGCAAAGAAUAAGAAGGUUUCGGGAGAAAUUGUGGAAAUGAUCAAGACAAGAGAAAAGGCAAUUGGAAAAUAUUAUUUGGCUGUUGUGAAAGGAAAGUGGAAAGGAGAAUAUGAAGUGAGUGGAUUGGUGAAGGAUUUAAAUAACAGUUUUGUGAAAUGUGAAAAGAAGGUAUAUUGCAAAAAUCACAAGAAUGGAACUUGGUCAGCAGAUGAUGAAUUGGGAACGUUUGAGGCAAUUACUCUCUUUUCUGGUAUUGUCUACAAUAAGGAAAAGGAUAUUUCACUCAUAAUGUGUAAACCAAUCACUGGAAGAACACAUCAGAUUAGAAUUCAUUUGGAAUCUAUUGGAAAUCCUAUCAUUAAUGAUUUUUUCUAUAACGAACAAUUCAUUAAGGAAUUGGAAGUGCAAAAAAAGACUUUGGAAGAAAGUUGGAGAGUCGACUUUUCCAAUCACCAACUCGAAUCAACAUCUGAUAUUUCCUUGGAAAAUAGUGAAUCAUCAACAGAUACCUCCAUACCAACAGAAGAAAAUCCUCACAAGAGAAAGGAGACCUCUGAAAAGAAUGCUCCCAAAUCAAAAAAGCCAAAACCAGGUCCUUUCAAACGUUCACAUACAAACAUUCGACCUGAAGAGGAAACCUUCUUACAGCCAUUUGAAACUGUUUGCAUUUCCUGUAAUGCAGAAUAUACCUCUAAAAACAUUGAGGAAGAUGACACUGUACCACUGAGUAUCCAUCUACAUUCAUGGCGUUACGAAUUAUCAGACAAGUGGACUUUUGAAACUGCAAUUCCUGAAUGGAUUUCAGAGGAAUUCACUCAUACCUCCCUAUUUGAUCAUUUACAUUCAACUCGAGUUUAUCUUUCUCAACAAAAUGCACAAGAAUCUAAUAACAUUAGUGAUACCAAUAAUUAG